AUAAUGCAACAUAAAUACAUACAGUAGUUCAAAAAGUAAUGGAGGAAAAGCAACUAAAAAAAACUAACAAGAAAUUGUGCAGGAAAUAAUAAAAUAGUUAAAAUAAAAUAAAGGAUAACUAAAAAGUAUAGUAAAAGAAAUAAUGGAAUAAAGGAGACAACCAAAAAUUAUGAAAAAAACAAAUGAAAAAAGUGACAAAAAUAAGGAAAAAUAGUUCAAAAUAAAAAGAACAAAAAAAUUAAGUAGUAAAAAGUUUUGCCGAAAGUAUCCCAAAAAUGUGAAAAAAUACAAAAAGAGAAAACAAUUACAACAGAAAUUUCAAAAAAAAAGAACGAACCAAUCACAAAUAUGAAAGCACCAACAAGAAACAGUGAUGAAAAUAAAAAAGAAAUAACAUAAAAAAUAAAGAGUCAAAAAAUAAUUGUGAAAAAGAAAUACCCAAUCCACAGUAGUUCACUGAUUGCCUAUUAGCAGUUUUUGGAUAUUCUAAAAGGAAUUCAACACUGUAGUUUUCCUGAGUUUCAAAGUGGCUAUGAUAGAGCCAAAGGGUACAAUUUGAUGUAAACAGUAUACAAUUCAUGGUUAUAAAGAGCUGAAGUUGGAAAUGACAAAAAUUACCCACCCUUGGGUCGUUCCAUUACAUUUGUAUUAACACAGUAAACUGGUUAAAAAAAAAUAAUAAUAAGGAAGCGAGGUGGACACAAAUGGCCAUCCUAGAGGUCAGAGGGUUUAAAUACUUACACAUUAAGGAACAAUCCAAAAAUAUUUGAGAAAAAAUGUACAAGUGUUUUAAAACAGGGAGUUACUUUUUAAUCACCUUGUAGAAUUAAUUCAACUGUCACCAGUAGUGGGAGGUUAAUGAGAUAUGAAUAAAAGCUCAAAGUCAGUUGGGAUAGGUGCUAGCUCACCUGCGACCCAAAUGAGGACAAGCGGUAUAGAAAAUGGAUGGCUGGAUGGAUGGUAUUGUAGAUACUUGAGUCACUGAAAAUUAGUGUGGGACAUCUCCGUUUCGGUCAUUUUUAAGUUUAUGGUGUAAAAGAAUAGGAAAAAACGAAUAUGUUUCAAAUGAAUGCUGGGUUACAUCAAGUUUAUUUCCAAUGUUGGUAUAGGGGGCAGUCCAUUAUUGCAUUCAGCACUUAUCCUGAUUCAUUAGCGCAACAGUGAGCCAGCAUCCCAGAAAGAGAUGUUCAGAGAUUGAGAGAAGACACUAAAAGUAAGUAGUGCUUUAGCUUGGGUGCCAGUGUAUGUUAUGUAUAAUCUUUCAUGAAAGAUGCAAUAUAUUUGAUGGAUGUCUGGACUUAAACCGCUAUCACACUAAGCAGCACUUUGUUUCUUUUUUUCUAAUCCCACUUUGAUGACCGAGACCGCCAUUGCACUUCAUUAAUUUAUUUCAAUCCCAGUUUGUUACUUUUGUGUGUUUGUAUCAGUGAAAGUUCCGUGUUAUCUUUAAUGAAAUCUGAAUAGUUUUGACAGAUGUUUGGACUCAGACCACUAUUGCACUAAACUUGUUUUACAGUCCAACCUAUGAAAUGAAUUCUCCAGGAUGCUAAGUAAUGUGUUAUACACAAUUCAUUGUCUUAUUUUCCCCGCACAGAAGACGCUUGGAGUGAGACUUUCAAUGUGUGCUUUCGCAGUAGGCCUCAUUGUUGUCUUAUGCAAAGCGUGCGGAGCGGGAUAGGGUGCGCAGCGAUGUAUGCAAAUGAGCCUCUCGGGCUGCCGGAGUACAGCGCUGCACAGGUGAGCCUUCCUCCACUCUGGAAAAUGCCAAAGUAAGUCAUACAAGUAGCAGUGGUAGUGACGGAUUCAUCAUUCUUUCAUCACAAAACAUCCACUUGAGGUCAGGAAGAUGAGCGCAGACACUCUGGAGCAGUCGGACACUCAGGCGGAGCAGACAAUGGCAGUUGGCCGCCAUGCCAGGAUGGCCCUGGGGCUUAUUUGCUGAGAAAUGCUGGCGGCCCCGCGGCUGAGGACGGCAACAAAAACAAAACAAUAAAUGGGAACUGUCAACAGAAAUGCAGAACUUCCUUUCAAACAAUGGCCUAGUGUGUGUGCGCGCGCAUGUGUGCCUGCAGCAAAAAGGAAUUGUAUUCCAUCGACAAAUAAAGACUGAGGACAUCAUCGACUCUUCCCACCUGAGCGCCUCGCUGAAGACAUGUCACAUGACGCAGAGCCCUCCCAUGCACAGCGCUCACAUGCCUGGGGUAAAAGGAAACAAAAUGACCUGACGUCCCUGCACAGCAUGCAGCAGUUGGUCCUGAUGCCGCCGUCUCACCUGUCGUCUUCGUCCCCCUUCCUGCUCUCCCAGAACCCCCCCAGCCACCACCAAGCUCUUCUGCAACAGAACCUGAUGUCACUACCCGGGCAGAAUCAGAGCGGUCUCAUGCAACAUCAGCCCGGCCUGGCUUUGACCCCGCAGGGGAUGAGUCGCUCCGGCCUGGUGGGCCCGUCGAUGGACAACCACAUGGACAUGUCUCACCCGCAGUUGCUCAAACACAUGGCGGUGCCACCCCAAGAAGAACCCAGCGACCUGGAGGAGCUGGAGCAGUUUGCCAAAGCCUUCAAACAAAGACGCAUCAAACUGGGCUUCACACAGGGCGACGUGGGCAUGGCCAUGGGCAAACUGUACGGCAACGACUUCAGCCAAACCACCAUCUCUCGCUUCGAGGCUCUCAACUUGAGCUUCAAGAACAUGUGCAAGCUCAAACCCCUGCUUGAGAAGUGGCUGAGUGACGCAGAAAACUCCCCUUCGGACUGCAUGAGCAGCGCGGGCUCCCUGCCGCCGCUGAUGGAGGGCUAUGGACGCAAGCGCAAAAAGAGGACCAGCAUUGAGACCAACAUCAAGCUCACGCUGGAGAAGCGCUUCCUCGACAACCCCAAACCCAACUCGGAGGAAAUCACGCUGAUCUCGGAGCAGCUGGCCAUGGAGAAGGAGGUGGUCCGGGUUUGGUUCUGCAAUCGGCGCCAGAAGGAGAAGAGGAUCUACUGCCCGGUGACUAGUUUGCCUGUCAAGACGCAGAGCUACAACUCUAGAAUGGCCGCCGCAGUGUCCAGAUCAUACAGUCCGCUGGCUUCAGGAGGAGUUUUAUCAAGUUCGUCUCCAAACUGCGUGAGUCGGGAAGUUUCACCCGACAGCAUGUCCAUGUCCGCGGCAUCUUUAACGUCUCUGGUCAACCCAGCGUCUUACAGCAGUCCAGGGUCCUGGUACCGUACUUGGAAUUCUAGCGUGUAUCCCCACUGAAGCACUGCUACACCCACUUUUUAAAAAAAUGUCGUUUAUUUUAGAAGGAUGUACGAUGAAGAUCUCGCGAAGAAGAUGAACUUCGACAUUGAAACGUAUACGGAGGAAACAUCGGGCGAUGAAGAUGAAGUCCCCUUUGACUGCUGUUAAGGAAAUUUUUACAGUCCAGCCUAUAAACUUAUAGAUGUGAGACUGUUGGGGGGAAAAAAAAGUCCAAAUAUUUCAGUUAGUAGGAAUGUACAUAUUGAGUAAGAAGUAAGAAAAUUUAGUUUCCCCCCCACAUUUGAGCAUUUUGCCAAAUCUGACUCUGGACUUGGAUUAUAUUGGAUAUUCAUAUUUGAUCAUAUUGCUUUCACUUUUAUCUACAACUGAGAUACUGUCAUCAUCUACAAUAUCAUCUAGGUAGCAUGAAAGAAAAGAAACAAACCAGGAUUACAAAAUGCAAUAGUGGUCUACAUCCAAACAUCCAUCAAAUGUUUCAAGAAGGAUGAUAUAUACCAUUCACUUAUACUAACAUACAAAAGAAACAAACUGGGAUUAGAGAAACAUCAAUAGGAGUUGGCACAGUGUUGCACUGAUGAAUUAGGAACAUUGCAGUAAAGGACUACCCCCUAUAUGUCAAAAUUGGAACGAAACUUUGAUUUCGACCAGUAUUUGUCUGAAACAUGCCUUCUCUUUAGUCCUUUUUCCACUGCAAAAUGACAACAAUGGAGUUUGCUCGCUCUAUUUCUAAGUGGCUCAUUUCAGACAGUCAGGUUCAAAUGUGUCUUUUCCCCUCUGUUUUAAAAUCUUUGGGAUUUUUUUUUUUUUUUUAAUUUACAGCGGUGGGGAACCUACAGUUUGUGGGCCAUCUAAAAAAAAACAAAACACGUUUACCCACUAAUGCUCAUAAUAUGUAAAAAUAGAUAUUUUCCUAAAUUUAGGGAGGACUUUAUUUCCUUUGUUUCCCCCAACCACUGUUGUAUACUUUGUGCACACAAUUGUAAUAAUAAGCAUUUGUAAAUCAUGCAAGUGAAAAUAAAAGUCAAAAACUAGAUGUCACUGACAAGGGACUAAUCACAAACUGUACAUGUAAACACAUUGAGAUCCAAUAAAAGAGUUGUAUUAAAAAUGUU